UAUAUUAUAUCGAAAUGUAGAUAAUUGGAAAGAGUUUUUCUUUAUAUCAAUUUAUUUUUAUUAUAAGUAUUUAAUAAAAUUACGUACCUUAUUGUAGAUUAAUGAUUAAGUUUUAAUAUUGGCACUUUGCAUUCACUCUAACUAUUGAAAUUGCGCGCGUUAGAUUUUACAGAUUCACAGCGUUUCCAGAGUUACCAAUGCGUUCACGCAUGCGUCACUUUUUGGCUGAUCUCACGGUAGAGAAUAAUAGUUAUAGUAGCUUGUGCUUUCGUUUUGUAAGGAGGUUAUCUACAAAUGUAAUUUAAGAUUCUUAAUUUUUCUUAUUAAAAAGUAAUAUAAACAUUUUAUUAUGGAACUCUGUCCAGAAGAUAUGGACUUAAACGUCAUAUUAGACAAUUAUAUUCGUCGUGAUCAGGAAAAAUCAAUUGUCAAGGAUAAGUUAUCUGCAAUGAAAUUAAAAAUAUCAAAUGUUUUACCUGCUUGUUACCGAAGACCACUUGGUGAAAAACGGUAUUUCCUACCGAUUGAAAAACCAAAUCUUCGAGAGUAUCCGAAACUCAAAAAUGAUAAAGGCGAGUUUAUUUUAAAUUUAAUUUUGACUCCUUUACCGCUGAAUGUGACUCAAGCGGAGAUUGAGUACUUACUCCGUAAUACUAGAGUAUCUUAUGAAUCAGUGAGAGUUAUUAAACGUCAUAAAAGAGCUAUGGCGUUUGUAAAAGUAAAAAAUUUACGUGCUUCUCUUCGAUUUCAACUUAACGGAAGAGAAUGUGUAUACAUAUUAAGAAAUUCGUUUAUUGCCCGAGUUAUACCAGCGCAUAUACAAACAGAGUCUUCAACUUUGACUCCAGUCAUCGGUCGACUAAAUGAUGAAGAUAAGUUCAGCACGAUACCUGAACCAGCCUUUAGUAAAAUUGUAAACUAUCUGGAAUUUAAAGAUCAAGUAUCUCUUAUGCUAACCUCAAAAUUUUUGACCGAUAAAAUUUGGAAAGUCAAAAAAAAUUUAGAAGUUAUCGCUAACAAUCAUAAAAAUACGCAAUGUAUUCCAUUUUAUGUAUUGCAGUACUAUUUAUCCCCGUUCAACGCAGGUUUAAUGUAUUAUUUUGAGAAAAUAUUAUUGUCUGAUCCAAUCCAGUGUCAACAAUUGAACAUGGAUUUGUCGCCAUUGAUAAUUCCAAAAUAUAAAAAUUGUAGCACGUUAACAGAACUUGAUUUAUCAGCGGUUAAAAUCUCAUCAAUGGCAAUCGAAGAUUUAAAAAAUUUCUCUAAUUUAACUUCACUGAAAAUUGGAGCUACUACUGGGUCUUGCGAUUAUCAAAUAAAAAGCUUAUUUAAAUAUACGUCAACGAAAAAUACACUUAUCACAUUUGGUGUUUAUAACAAUAUAUAUUUUUGUGGAUCAUCACUUGCAAGCAGUACAGCAUUGAAUAUAAAAAAUUUAUUCUUGGUUUAUUGCCUGAAACUUCAUCUCAGAGAAAUACAGAAGUUUAUCACCAGUUGUAAAACAUUAGAUGUCCUACGCAUUGAGAGAUGCUCACAUGUCGAUAACACCCAUUGUUUUUCUCAGUUGUUUCAAAAUUUGGAAAAUUCCGAAUUAAAAAGAAUUGAACUAAUAAAUAGCUCAACUCAUGUUCACCACUAUUUUGGUUUUCAAUUCCCAUAUUGGGAAAAUCCUGCUAUAAAUUUAAAACAUUUAUCUAUCACCGGUUUUGACAGGAUCGAUCCAGGUGUUAUUGAUGUAAUAAUAAAAAACUGUCCUAUUCUAGAGGAAUUGAAUAUAAUUGAUUUCGAUUUACAAAAAUAUUCUAUCGAAUUUUCAUUAGCGAAUAACUUGAAAAGCAUAAGCUUGGUAAAUGUAAUUAACAUCAAUAAAGACUUUUGGAAAACCAAAAUGCCAGCUGUGGAAUUAGCUUGCUUCAGAUUAAAACACAUAUCAUGCAAUGACAUAUCGUUAUUUAUUAAAGAAAAUGCAGAUAGUCUGGUUGAGAUCAAUGUGCUUGAAAACUCUCUAUAUAAUCUUGCAAUGUUAAGUGACAUGGAAGCACAAGAAAAUUUAUAUACAUGGAAAAAUCCAGUAAAAGUAAUUGUAGCUAAUAAAUUUAUAUAUAAAUUGCAAAAAUCAAGGUCAUACUUAUAUAAAAAUAUUUUCCCUGUGAACCCGUUGGUAAAAUUCGUAAAUAAAUCGUCAUUAUAUCAGGAAUUGAAAUUAUCACCAAAAACACUCAUCGAGUAUAAGCGAUUUUAUCCUUAGCGUCUGUUAAAGUAAACUCUUCAUUCCAAUAAAUC